GCUGCCUCCUGCACGCAGUUGGGUUUUUUGUUUUCCCUUUCGGAGCGCUUCCUCAACCUCCUAACCUAGAACAGCUUCCUUCUGCAACGAGCUGACAACGUGGUGAAGCUGGUGCUGUGCGUUGCAGGCUGUUGAUGGAGAAGGGGGCGGAUGACAGCCGGAACUGUGGUCAUCACCGGGGGCAUCUUGGCGACUGUGAUUCUGCUUUGCAUCAUCGCGGUUCUGUGCUACUGCCGGCUCCAGUACUACUGCUGCAAGAAGGAGGAGUCCGAGGAAGACGAGGAGGAGCCCGACUUCGCCGUGCACUCGCACCUGCCCCCACUGCACUCGCACCGCAGCCUCGUGCUGACCAACGGGCCGGCGCUCCACCCGGCCACCGCCGCCUCCUUCAGCCAGAAGUCCCCGCAGGCCCGCGCCCUCUGCCGCAGCUGCUCCCACUACGAGCCGCCCACCUUCUUCCUGCAGGAGGACGAGGGCGUGCGCAACGGCGGGGAGCGCGUCGCCCACAAGAGCGUCAGCCGGGAGGACGUGGCGCUGCCGCCUGGGAGCUUCGGGGCCCUGCAGGCCCUCAACCCCAGCCGCCUCUCGGCCAUGCGGGAGGCCUUCUCGCGGAGCCGCAGCAUCAGCACCGACGUCUGAGGGCGCCCCCGGCCGCCGACAGGUCCUGAGACCACGGUGGGGUCCCCACGGCGUCCCAGCCUGGCCCUGGGCCGGGACCCAGGCUCGGCCCAGCCUGCCUCACAACCGCGUCCUCACGGGGGCCCGUUGGGGAGCUCCGGGGCU